AUGGAGACUCUGGCUGUUACCAAAGUCCCAAGGGACGCGCCCACAGGGCCUCCGAGCCAUUGGCUGGACAGCACGCCGACGGGAUUCCGAAAUCCGUGGCCUUCAUUCCGCCAGACAUUCUCGGUGACGCAGAUGCUCCGUCUGCGCUUUGGACCAGGCCGCAACUUUGUGCCUGUGCCCGAGAACCGCGAGGGACUUGUUCCCAUACAGACACCCGACUGGGGUGCGCAUGCUCAGCCGAGCCAAAUAAAGGCCACCUGGAUCGGCCACUCGUCGUUUCUGAUCGAGAUGCCGUUGCGGGUGCAAGAUAGGCGAGAGGAUGGAACGGAAGCAUCCAUGCAACGACAGUACGGCCUCCGUGUCUUGAUGGACCCCGUCUUCUGCGAACGCAUGGGUCCCGCCCAGCUUGUCGGCCCCAGACGCUUCUCACGCACGCCCUGCACGCUCGACGAGCUGCCCCUCGUCGACGCCCUCUGCAUCAGCCACAGCCACUACGACCACCUCGACAUUGACACCGUCAAGCAGCUGUACGCCGACAAGGCGCAGAAGCGAACGGCCGCUGGCCUGGCACCGCUCCAAAUCUUCUGCGGGCUCAACAGCAGGCCGUGGUUUGUCAACAACUGCGGCGUACAGCCCGAACAUGUCACCGAGAUGGACUGGUGGGACGAGGUGGAUCUGAUAGUCGGAGGCACGAUAGUACGCCUGGCCUGCACACCGAGCCAGCACGGCAGUCGGCGAGGGCUCGGCGACCAGGACCACAUGCUCUGGUGCUCCUUUGUUUUGUCGGAGCAGGAGUCCAAGCAGGAGAUUAAGCAGGAGAUUAAGCAGGAGUCCAAGCAGGAGUCCAAGACGGCCGUGUACUUUGCCGGUGACACGGGCUACCGGAGCGUCACGGACGAAGACGUCGCCGCCAGCACGUCCGUCGACGACCUGCCACACUGUCCCGCCUUUGCCGAGAUCGGCGCCAAGUACGGCCCCUUCUCUCUCGCCCUGCUGCCCAUUGGCUGCUACACACCACGCACGAAGCUGUCGCCUGUGCACUGCUCGCCCGAGGACGCCGUGGCUGUCCACUUUGAUGUUCGGAGCCAGCUCAGCGUGGGCAUGCAUUACGGCACCGUUCGCGGCGGCCUCAGCGCGCAGUACGAGGAUGUACAAGAGCCGCCUCAGCUGUGGCGCAAGGCUGGCGAGGCGCGCGGGUUGGUAUGGGACAGAGACUUUCGAUUGUGCGAUAUUGGUGAGACGGUGGUGGUAUGA